AUGCUUUCACGGUCAAUAAGAGCCGAAACUCGUAGUCGUGCUAAGGAAGACAUCAAGAGGGUAAUCAGCGCGCUAGAUAAAGUCAAGAAAUGGGAGAAAAAAUGGGUAACAAUAGGAGACACCACUAUGAGAAUUUUCAAGUGGGUUCCA